AUGUCUGCCAAGGAGGCGCGCGAGCUCAAAGUUCAGGGAGCCAUUGAGGCCGCCCAGAACUCCCAAUCGCAAAUCUCCUCUGAGGAUGCUCAGAAGGAAAUUGUCGAGCAGUCCUCAAACGCGGGCAUCCCCGCCUUUUCUUUCGACCCGGAUGCUUCUCCCGAGGAGAAGCGAGCUCAAGCCCGAGAUGCCAUUCCAAAAGAAUUGCAGCGAAGCAGGCGCAACAAGGGCGCCGCCAUCAUAACCGACCAGGACGAUGGCAACGGCCCGGACGAAGAUCUUCCCGAGCCCAGCAAAGCCGGCGUUCUUGACGUGGCAACAGACGCCCACGGAAACCAAUUGACUGGCGGCGAAGACCCCGAUGCCAAAGAUGCCCCGUUUUCGCGUACGGGCUGGGCUCCGAAGCUCGGAUGGCCGAGCGACAGUGCGAAAGAGGGCGAGAGCUUGCUCGACCAUGCCACGUGGGUGGAGGGGAAGCUCCCAGAUAAGUUCUUUGGAGACUGGUACCACAACACGGGCCUUGUCAUUUUCGCCUGUAUUUCGUCAUGGCUUGUUGCCGUCCUGGGCGGCGGGCUGGGCUGGGUCACCAUCAUCAUGGCCAUCUGUGCGACUUACUACAGGACGUCUCUGCGACGCGUGCGACGUAACUUCCGUGACGACAUCUCGCGCGAACUGGCCCUCAAGAAGCUCGACAACGACAACGAGUCCCUCGAGUGGAUCAACUCAUUCAUGGUCAAGUUUUGGCCCAUCUACCAGCCUGUCCUGGCCCAGACGAUUAUCAACUCUGUCGACCAGGUCCUCAGCUCCGCCACGCCCGCCUUUCUCGACAGCCUCAAACUAAAGACGUUUACGCUUGGCUCCAAGCCGCCUCGAAUGGAGCACGUCAAGACGUAUCCCCGCACCGAAGACGACAUUGUCAUGAUGGAUUGGAAGUUUAGCUUUACGCCCAACGAUACGGCCGACAUGACGGCUCGCCAGCUUAAGAGCAAGAUCAACCCCAAGAUCGUUCUCGAGAUUCGCAUCGGCAAGGCCAUGAUCAGCAAGGGCCUCGAUGUUAUUGUCGAAGACAUGGCAUUUUCGGGUAUCAUGCGCCUCAAGAUCAAGCUUCAGAUUCCAUUCCCUCACGUGGACAGAGUCGAGAUGUGCUUCCUUGAGCGACCCGAGAUCGACUAUGUCUGCAAGCCCCUCGGUGGAGAGAACUUCGGCUUCGACAUCAACUUCAUCCCCGGCCUCGAAAAGUUCAUUCUUGAACAGAUUCACGGCAAUCUCGCGCCGAUGAUGUAUGCGCCUAACGUCUUCCCCAUCGAGGUGGCCAAGAUGCUCGCAGGAACCCCUGUUGACCAGGCCGUGGGCGUCCUCGCCCUGACUCUCCAUGGCGCCCAGGGCCUCAAGAACUCGGACAACUUUGCAGGUACCGUCGAUCCCUAUGCGAGCAUCAGCUUCAGCCGUCGCCAGGAACUCGCGCGAACGAAGACCAUCGAGGACAACCCGAACCCGAGGUGGAACGAGACUCACUACCUCAUUGUCACAUCUUUCAAUGACACACUGGAUAUCCAGGUGUUUGAUAAGAACGACUUCAGAAAGUCCAAGGAGCUGGGUGUCGCCUCUUUCCGUAUGGAAGACCUGGAGGAGCUCAACAUCCACGAGAACGAGCGCCUCGAGGUCAUUGGAGACGGCAAGGCGCGUGGCGUCGUCUCUUGUGACCUUCGAUUCUUCCCUGUUCUAGAAGCCGCCAAAAAUGAGGAGGGUAAAUUGGAGCCGCCACCGGAAUCGAAUCAGGGUAUUUUGCGCUUUACCGUCGAGCAGGCUAAAGAUCUGGACGGCACCAAGAGUCUGGUUGGCCUUCUCAACCCUUACGCAACCUUGUUCCUCAACGGCAAGACUGUCCACGAGACCAAGAAGCUCAAGCGCACAAACAACCCCAUCUGGGACAAUGGGUCUAAGGAGAUCCUCAUCACGGAUCGCAAGAAGGCCAAGCUUGGAGUCACGAUCAAGGACGACCGAGACCUCACGGGAGACCAAACGCUCGGCAAGUACCAAAUCAAGCUCGACGAGAUUCUUGACUGCAUGGCGCAAGGGAAGGAGUGGUACCAGCUGUCCGGGGCGAGCACCGGCCGUGUCAAGAUGAUGGCGCAGUGGAGGCCCGUUGCCAUCAGCGGCGUGGCCGGCACUGGCGGCUACGUCACGCCCAUCGGCGUCAUGCGAUUUCACUUCAAGAAGGCUACCGAUCUGCGAAACUUUGAGUCCUUCGGCAAGUCAGAUCCCUACGUCCGCGUGCUUCUCUCUGGCAUCGACAAGGCGCGAACCGUCACCUUCCGCAACGACCUCAACCCCGAAUGGGACGAAGUCCUCUACGUGCCUAUCCACUCGCCCCGUGACAGGCUUGCACUGGAAGUCAUGGAUGCCGAGAAGAUGGGCAAGGACCGUAGCCUUGGUUUGAUCGAGGUCUUUGCGGGUGACUACGUCAGCCAGGAUGAGGUCGGCGAGUAUCUCGUCAACGACAAGAAGCAUCUCCGCGAAGAAGGACUCCGUUUGCAUGGAAAGGGCAUCGCUAAGGGAACACUAACCUACACUGCCUCUUUCUAUCCCUGCCUGAACGUUGCGGACCCGGAGGAGGAAGAGGAAGAAGAGAAAGAGGCCGAAAAGACGACCGCAGAGGACAAAGCGAGCGAGGGCAAGCCCAGCACCGAUCAGCAGCGAGCCUCGCUCGAUCGGUCCCCUACCGCAGGGAAGUUCAGAGCUAGCCUCGACAAGAACGGCAAUGGAGACGCGCGCACGUCGACAUCAACCUCUGGCCGGCCGUCUGUCGAGAAACAGGGACCCCCGAAGAUCCGGCUCAGCCCCGAGGAGCUGCUCAAGCAUGAGAGUGGUCUGCUCAUUUUCCGAUUGUUGGAAGCCGAAAUGCCUGAGGGCAACAGCCGCCUCGAGGUGUUCGUGGAUGACAUGGCCUACGCUUCGUACGUCUCGUCGACUACGGCCAGCAGGGCACACAAGUUCGACGAGAUUGGCGAUUGUGUUGUUCGUGAGCUGGACGUGUCUCGUUUGACGCUCAAGGCGAGGAAGAAGGGCGACGAUGAUGACCACGUUCUUGCCCAGCUGACUGGGAACACCCUAGAAACACUCAAGCAAUGCUUGAACAACCCUACCAAGCUCAAGCUGAAGACUGACGAUGGCAGAGACGGUUGGGUCAAGGUCAGCCUCAAGUAUAUCCCCAUCAAGAUGCAGUUGGAUCCAAGCGAGAGUAUCAACAACAUGGGCAAACUCCGUGUCGACGUGCUGGAUGCUCAAGACCUGCCGGCAGCAGACAGAAACGGAAAGAGCGACCCGUACUGCAAGUUUGAGCUUAACGGCAACGAAGUGUACAAGACGAAGGUACAGAAGAAGACACUCACGCCGGCGUGGAACGAGUUCUUCGAGGUCAAUGUCCCGUCACGGACGGCGGCAAAGUUCGUUGUUACCGUUUACGACUACGAUUUUGCGGAUAAGCCCGACCUCCUGGGCGCCGCCACGAUCAACCUGGAGUCUCUGGACCCCUUCAAGGCGUCCGAGUCCCGCUUCAUCUUGGACGGCAAGUCGGGCACCUUGCGUCUUCGGAUGGUUUUCAGGCCCGACUACGUUACGCGUACCAUGCAGGGCACGUCGACCUUCUCGGGCACCUUUGCCGCGCCCGGCAGGAUCGUUACAGGCGUCGCUGGAGCUCCCAUCAAGGGCGGCGCAGCCGUGGCGGGUGUCGUGGGCCACGGCGUUGGCAGGGGUGCAUCUUUCCUGAAGCGCGGAGUCUUUGGGAAGAAGAAGGACACCGACGAUGCGAACGGCGCGUUACCUGACGUGGCGGAGUCGCGUCCGACCACAAGCAAUGGCCACGACGUAGCCCCCGUUGGCGGCCCGCGCCAGUCCCUCGGAUUAGCGGAUGGCUCUCCCAUUCCUACCAUCGAGCAGCCACGAAAUGACUCUCCUGGUCACAGUCGUACAAAGAGCAUUGCGGCAUCGUCAAUCCACAGCACGGCACCAGCAGGUGCGGCAUUGGGCACGGCUUCAUUUACGAUUGUCGGCGCAUCAAACUUUCCCCCGUCGACGAAUUUGUACAUUGUGGUCACGCAGCUGUCGCCAAAGGAGAAGGUAAUCGGCAAGACCAAGCACCACAAGUCUGGAACUGGCCAGUGGAGCUUUGAGGACACCUUCACAGCCAAGUGCACUCCGGACACGCAGUUCAAGAUAGAGGCGAAGGGCGACCACUUUGUCGGCAAGGAUGAUGACCUGGGCGAGUUUCCGCUGUUCGUCGACGAGACGGGAACCGCAACGCCCAAGGAGCUCAGCGUGGGCUCGGGUACCGUCACCAUCAAGAGCACUUUCCAACCGGCGGAGCCGAGCGCACCAGACACACCCAAGUCGCACAUGCGCAGGAGCUUCCUGAGCAAGAGGGACGGGCGUCCCAGCCGUGAGACGACGCCGAAUCCUUAG